CUGCGGUGUGACUCUUUGAACUCUCGUGUUGCGUGUGACUCAUUAUCCAGAGGCUUGUUGUGGUUAUUGGGGCUUUCACUGUGGACCCUCUUGUUCAGGUUUCUGUCGCUUUGGCCGACUCUCGAGGCGACUCUCAUGAACGGGUCUGUUUUGCAUUACUUUAUGGAAAUGGUCAACUCUUCAGGGACAUUGUGUGUUUUAGCUCUGGCAAUUUGGACCUCUGCCUUUAAAAAAAUAAAAUAAUGAAAUGAUGUCAUUGCAGCUCAUAGAAAAGCUCAUGGGGCCUUUCUUGGAAAUGGAGAUACAAUCGUGUUAUGACAUCAGAGCUCUGAACUCUUCAAUUUAAUCCAUCCUUAUUUUAAACAUUUAAACGGCAUUAAGCAUCUAGAAAGACCGAUGCCUGUUUUAUAAGAGUCGAUGGAAUAAUGUGGCCCCUGUUUGAAAGUUUCUCCGUCACUCCUUAUCUGCUUCUGCUCGUUGUGCCUCUGGGACUCUCGCCCUCGCUGGCCCCGCCUCCCCUAGCCUCACUCAACCCUCUGAUUGGUCCGUGCUUCCCCUCUACAUCCCCCGUGGGGCCUCCCCCUUUCUUUCUCUCCGUCCACCCUGUGGCUCCCCGUCAGUCUGUUUUGGAUUAUUGCGACAGCUCAGGCCUCUCGCAUGCGCUGCCCUCACCGCCCACUGCACACACGACUCCAGUUCAUCAGAGAUGGGAAGGCGUAGGUGACGGAGAGCGGCGGUUGUUUUCAUUCCAGAGAGGAGGAGGAGGAGAGGAGGAGGAGAGGAAGAGAGGGGAGCAGCCAUGGAGCUGAGGGUGCUGGGUGAGAGGAAGAGGGACUCCCAUGUCAGAGUUUUAGGAUGGCCACCGAAGGAUCCGCUAUUCCCAACCCCGUGGUCCGCCAGAUUGACAAGCAGUUCUUGAUCUGCAGCAUAUGUCUGGACCGCUACCAGAACCCCAAAGUACUGCCCUGCCUGCACACCUUCUGUGAGAGGUGCCUGCAGAAUUACAUCCCGGCCCACAGCCUCACCCUGUCGUGCCCCGUGUGCCGCCAGACCUCGAUCCUGCCGGAGAAAGGUGUGGCGGCAUUGCAGAAUAACUUCUUCAUCACCAACCUGAUGGACGUGCUGCAGCGGGCGCCGGACAGCUGCAGCCAGGAGGCCGACGCUCUCAGCAGCAUCACCACCGCGGCUACCGGCCAACCGCUCUCCUGCCCCAACCAUGGAGGCAACGUCAUGGAAUUCUACUGUCCGCCCUGCGAGACGGCCAUGUGUCAGGAGUGUACGAGCGGCGAACACGGAGAACACCCCACUGUUCCCCUGAAGGACGUCGUGGAACAGCACAAGGCCUCGUUGCAGGAGCAGCUGGACGCCGUCAAGAAGAGGUUGCCAGAGAUCGACUCGUCCCUGCAGACGCUGUCGGAGAUCCUGCAGCAGCUGACCAAUCAGAAGAGCUCCAUCGAGGCCGGCAUCCACACCACCUUCGACGAGCUGCAGAAGACCCUGAACGUCCGCAAGAGCGUUUUACUGAUGGAGCUGGAGGUCAACUACGGCCUCAAGCAGAAGGUGCUCCAAGCCCAGCUGGAUACUCUGCUGCAGGGCCAGGAGGGCAUCAACAGCAGCUGCGACUUCACGGAGCAGGCCCUGAGCCACGGCUCCGAGGCCGAGGUGCUGCUGGUGAAGAAGCAGAUGAGCGAGCGCCUGGCGGAGCUGGCCAGCCAGGAGCUCCCUCUGCAGCCGGAGGAGAACGACCAGCUGGACUUCGUCGUGGAGACGGAGGGCCUGAAGAAGUCGGUCCACAACCUGGGCACCAUCGUGACGACCAACGCGGUGGCCUCCGAGUCGGUGGCGACGGGCGAGGGGCUGCGCCGCUGCGUGGUGGCCGUGCCCACCUCCAUCACCAUCACCACCAAGGACAAGGACGGAGCGCUGUGUAAGAUGGGCAACGCGGUCAUCACGGCGGAGAUGGCCUCGCCCGACGGGAGCAGAGGCGACGGGGACAUUCUGGACAACAAGAACGGCACUUACGAGUACGUGUUCACCGCCCCGGAGGAGGGGGCUUUUAAUCUGUCGCUGCGUCUGUACGACCAGCAUAUCAAAGGAAGCCCCUUUAGGAUAAAGGCCACCAAGUCCAUCGACCUGCCGCUGAGUUCCAAAGGCGUCAACAAGAGGCUGAAGUCUCCGGGCAGCGCGCACGUCAAGCAGAAGGCCAUCAAGAGGCCGGCCAGCAUGUACAGCACGGGGCGGAGGAAGGAGAACCCCAUCGAGGACGACCUCAUCUUCAGGAUCGGCACAAAAGGAAGAAACAAAGGGGAGUUCACUAACCUGCAGGGAGUGGCUGCCUCUUCUCUGGGGAAGGUGCUGAUAGCCGACAGCAACAACCAGUGUGUGCAGAUUUUCGAUAAUGACGGCCACUUCAAAAGCCGUUUUGGCGUGCGCGGCAGGACUCCGGGUCAACUGCAGCGGCCGACCGGAGUGGCCAUCCACCCGAACGGUGACAUCAUCAUCGCGGACUACGACAACAAAUGGGUCAGCAUCUUUUCAAGUGAAGGCAAGUUCAAGAACAAGAUCGGCUCGGGGAAGUUGAUGGGCCCUAAAGGCGUGUCCGUGGACCGGAACGGCCACGUCAUCGUGGUGGACAACAAGGCGUGCUGCGUCUUCAUCUUCCAGCUCAACGGCAAGCUGGUCACCAAGUUCGGUAACCGGGGCAACGGCGACCGCCAGUUUGCAGGUACACUCAAUGGGCCCCACUUUGCUGCCAUCAACAACAACAAUGACAUAAUUGUGACAGAUUUCCACAACCACUCGGUGAAGGUGUUCAACACAGAAGGUGAAUUCUUGCUGAAGUUUGGUUCGAACGGCGAGGGCAACGGCCAGUUCAAUGCCCCCACGGGCGUGGCCGUGGACGUCAACGGAAACAUCAUCGUAGCGGAUUGGGGCAACAGCCGGAUACAGGUGUUUGAUGGCAGCGGCUCCUUCCUGUCCUACAUCAACACAUCCGGGGACCCGCUGUACGGCCCUCAGGGUUUGGCUCUCACCUCUGACGGACAUGUCGUGGUUGCAGAUUCUGGCAACCACUGCUUCAAAGUCUACCGCUACUUGCAGUAGCCCUUCACCCUCUCGGCGCACACACUGUACAGUGUACAGACACACACACACACACACGCAUUACCGGCAGAUUUGCACUCACCCACUCACACGUUCCCCCCCUUGAAUCGCGGCGUGGUCGCGCCAUCUGUGUGACUGUGGCAUCCCGUGGGUGAGAAGUCACUUUAGUUUGAAGCGAGAGGAUCUGUCACGGCCACAGAUGGCUGCAGCUGAUUGGCGCUUCGAGGGGUCCUUCACAUGUUCACGUUCCAUCUUAAUUACACUGAUUUUAAAAAGAACAAAAACAAAGCUUUAAUAUUGUACAUAUGUUAGAGCUUUUUAUUUGUGAUGUGGCAGGAAAACUGGAGAAAAAAAAUGAAGCUAUUGCAAAAAGAAAUACUGAUUGGACACUGUUACGUGAGAUGGAAAUUAAAUUAAAGACGUAUCAAGGUCAUCUGAAAACUAACUGGGAAUUCUAGUCCUAGUGGCUGUAGCUUCCUGUUUAAUGCUCUUAAGUCCUCACAUUUUGCCUAUUCACUGUAUAAGAAAAAUAUUCCACCCACUGUAGGUAGCAGGGUAUUUUAGAGCAUGAUUGGCUUCCUUGUGCAUGUUGUUUUUACUAAUAAACACCAGAAGAGCUGCUGUGCACAAUUAUAUGAAUAUGUUUUAAGCUGACAAAAUCACUCAAAGAAACGUUGAAUGGAAGAAAUGUUUCAAUUGCAAUACGUCUAUCUACUAUGUGAAAAGCACUGGUCCAUGUAAUUCGUAAAUAUUUUUUAUUAAUAAAAGUGGUUAUUAAAGUAAGCUGAUAACUUCUGCUCAAUUUUUACCCGGUGCGUUUGUAUGUGCAAGACCAGUGUGAUUGUGUUGUGAUCAAUUAAGUUACCAAACAAAAGCCUCUUGAUAUGUUGACUUAAAAAUCUGAAGUGACAGAUUUCAACCGCAGAAAAUAGUCAGUCCAUCAGUGAAAUGCUUUGUUCAUCAUGUUGCAGCUUAACGCCAUUGUCAAACGUGUGAUCCUCUUCACCCCUUUCCAUGUGCUCUUAUGUCUUUACAAAAAACUAAUCCAUAGAACUAACAAGUUGUAUUUCAUGAAUAAACACAAAAUAGGACUGCAAUAUGUAGUUCAACAGUUGAGGUGUGUUGUAAAAGAUGCAUUUUGUUUUUCUUUAGAAAGCCUUCGUCAAAUUGAGUUCAUCCUCAAGCACAGUUUCCAGUACUACAUUUGGUCAUCCAUUUUCUACUUUUGUUUUCCAUUAUCUUGUUUAUAUUUGUAAUGCCAAAUGGAAUUAAAGUGUCUACAGGACAACAUUGA